UCAUCAUUUUUAGAAAGUCAACAAAGUAGGGAAGUCAUAGAAUUAAGUCGACUUUUGCAGGAAACUAGUGAUAAUGUUACAACGACCCCUUCAGGCUUAUUACUAUCAGCCAAACGUCCAGUUGUGAAAAAAAUACUGGAAGCGAUGGCCUCCGGGAUAGACGUGUCGUCUUUAUUUGGCGAUGUUGUCAAGAAAAAUGCAGAUCUGAUAAUAUUAGCAAUUAAUACGUUUCAAAAGGACCUUCACGAUGAAAAUUUUUUUGUUAGAGGGUUAGCAUUGCGUACUUUAUGUUCGAUGAGGCUCUCAGAAUAUGUACCGUAUAUGCUAGAGUCGUUGAGUUAUACUUUAACCGAUUCAAGCGCGUACGUGCGCAAGACAGCUUUAAUUUCAUGUAUCAAAGUAUUUCAUCUUUCCCCAAAUCAUGUGUUAGGUAGAUUAUUAUUAUGCUUUACUCUCGGGGAUCGAGAUUCCGAGGUUGUCGCGAACAGCAUUGUGGCUUUGAAUGAGAUUUUACAUUCUCAAGGUGGAAUGACUGUUAAUAAAAAAGAUUGCUCAAUAUUUACUUCAGAGAAUUC